AUGUCCGCCGGCAACGAAGAAGUUAACACACAGAGGUUCCAAUCAUCAAUCGGGACAUCAUCUUCCUCACUCCCCAAACAGCACCAGCCGCCGGCUCCAUCUUCUCCUUUCCUGAUGAACCAGCUCGACAUACCACAGCUGAACGUGCAACAGUUUCGCGGCCAAUUUCGCCAACAGGCCUCCCCAAACGCCGGCCUCGACAUCACCGGAAGACGGGCCGGCAUUCCGCCAUCCCACCCCCAAAUCCCCCCUGUUUCCCCUUACUCACAGAUCCCGCUGGGCCGCCCUCAGGCCGGAAUCCAGAAUUUCUCCACCAGCCCAAGCCCGGCCCACAAUCGGUCCCUCUCCCAGCCUUCCUUUUUCGCCCUCGACUCUCUUCCCCCUCUCAGCCCAUCCCCUUACCGAGACUUGGCCCAGAGUUCGAUUCCUGACCAGACUGAAGCAACUACAUUAUCUGCCCAACUUACUCUACUUCAGCGAGAUUCUGCUGGACUGACUAGCCAAAACAAUGAGCUGAAAUUUCGCUUGCAGGCCAUGGAACAACAAGCUCAACUCCGAGAUGCUCUAAAUGAAGCACUUACGGCAGAGGUACAACGCCUGAAGCUUGCAACUGCCGAAUUAGCUGGAGACACCUCCAAGUUUCAGCAACUUUCAAUCAGCCCCCAAAUGUUUCAGUUGCGCCAACAGCAAAUGGCUCAAAUGCAAAACCAACAGCAAAAGCAGUCACAACAAUCAAACGGUAUUGGCUCCGCAAAGAACGAGUCGAACAAAUAA